AAAGUUAAACCUGGCAACACUGGCCAGCACGCACUGACAUUGGAGUUGUCGGUGGCUUGUUUUUUUGGCACUGUAAAAAAACACAACAAACAGCACAUUUUCCAGCCCAAAAUGGUCAAGUUAUACUGUCUGACCGUUCUGUACAAAGGCCACGACAGUGCCACGUGGUUAAAAUCCGUCUACGAUCUUCAGAGCGUGAACUUUUUCCAGCGGGGCCCCGUCCAGGAGUUCAUGCUGUUUUGUGCCAAGACUAUCGUUGAACGGACACUGCCCGCUUCCAGACAGUCAGUGAAGGAGGGCGAGUACAUUUGUCACGUGUAUGUACGAUCGGACAAUCUGGCGGGAGUGGUCAUUUCCGAUCAGGAGUACCCUUCUAGAGUGUCGCACACGUUACUGACCAAGAUCCUGGACGAGUUUUCGGACAAGAUUCCUGCGGUGAACUGGCCCAACCUGCAGGAGCGCGACGUGGCUUUUCCCCAGCUCAGUACCUACUUAGCCAAGUAUCAGAACCCGAGCGAAGCUGACGCGUUGACCAAGAUUCAGGACACUCUAGACGACACGAAAAUCAUUCUGCAUAGCAAUAUUCAAGCAGUGCUUGAGCGAGGCGAGAAGCUGGAUGACCUGGUGGCCAAAUCUGAGGGCCUCAGCAUCCAAUCGAAGGCCUUCUACAAGACUGCAAGGAAAACGAACGCCUGCUGCAGCUUCACUUAGACCAACUGCCAAUGGGUAAGACCUAAAUUCGGCCUGCUUAAUUAAAUUUAAUCCACAAUGAAGUGGAACAGUAUUUAUUAAAUAUAGGCUUAACGUGUGAACAGCCUGAAAGUGACAUUCCAGCUAAAAGCUAUAUCUAUUCGAAAAACCUACUUAAACAAAUUUCUUGAUUGUAUUCAGAGUAUCGUUGGGACUUGGAAACUGUAUUCAACUCCCUUUGGGGGACUGUUACGAUAUAUCUCAUUAAACAUGUUGAAUAAAA